UGGAGCCCGCGGGCCAUGCCCACGGCUGGGCGGGGAGCGGGGCCCCGGGCUCGGGCACAGCCCGAUGCAGCCACCGCCCGGCCGGCCCCGCCGCCGGGAUUGGCUGGAGCCGGAGCCGGGGCCGAGCAGGGGCCGGGCCAGCGCCAUGUGACGGGGCGGGAGCGGAGCCGGGCCCGGCCGGGCCGGGAGAUGGACGCAGCGCGGCGCGACGGAGCCAAGAGCGGGGAGAAGAGGAAGAGGGAGCCGGAGCCGGAGCCGGAGGCGGAGCAGAGGAGUUUCCUGCCCGCCUUGGAGAGCCAAGGAACCACCGUCCUCCACAAGACAGUCAGCUUCGCCCCCCACCCCCUGCCAGCGAGGCAGUUUGAUCGGAACACCACGGAGCCGAUCAGCUUCUACCUGUCCAGCCUGGAGGAGCUGCUGGCAUGGAAACCCACCAGUGAUGAUGACUUCAACGUUGCCACAAUGCCGCUGGCUAACCGGGAACCUCCGCUCCACAGCAAGAGACCUCGGACGCUGGUGUGCCACGACAUGAAGAAUGGCUACCUGGAGGACAGGUUCAUCCAGGGCUCAGCUUCGCGGGACCCCUACGUGUUUUACCACUGGCAGUAUAUCGACAUCUUUGUGUACUUCAGCCACCACCCCGUGACCGUCCCCCCCGUCGCCUGGACCAACGCUGCCCACAGGAACGGCGUCUCUGUGCUGGGGACGUUCAUCACCGAGUGGACUAGCGGGGCCGCGCUGUGUGAGUCGUUCCUGGCCGGGGAGGCAGCCGCGUACCACGCCGUGGCUGUGCAGCUGGGCCGCAUCGCCCAUUUCUACCGCUUUGACGGCUGGCUGGUCAACAUCGAGAACACUCUGAGCGAGGCAGCUGUGCGGAACCUGCCCCUCUUCCUGCGUGACCUGCGGGAGCAGCUGCGUCGGGACGUGCCAGGCGGGCUGGUGCUCUGGUACGACAGCGUCUUGCAGAGCGGGGAGCUGCACUGGCAGAACGAGCUGAACGAGAAGAAUAGGGUGUUUUUUGACGCCUGCGACGGCUUGUUCACGAACUACAACUGGAAGGAGGAGCACCUGGAGCGCAUGGGGGCGCAGGCCGGGGAGCGCCUGGCUGACAUCUACGUGGGCAUCGACGUCUUUGCCCGUGGGGAGGUCGUAGGCGGCGGCUUUGAGACAAACAAGGCUCUGCGCCUGAUCCGCAAACACAACUUUUCCGCUGCCAUCUUCGCACCUGGCUGGGUCUAUGAGCACCUGGGGAAGGAGAACUUCCUGCGGAAUGAGAACAGGUUCUGGGGUUUGCUGGCGGAGCUGCUGCCCACUCACAGAAUCAGCACUCUGCCCUUCAGCACCUGCUUCUGUCUGGGCAUGGGCAAGGGGAGAUUCUCGGCUGGGCAGGAGGAAGAAGUCAGGCCCUGGUACAACCUGAGUGCCCAGGAGAUCCAGCCCCUCUUCAUGGACCAGCAAGCAACGGGAGGGGCAGGCAGCUGGCUGCACACACGCUGCUCCCUGCAGGAUGCCUGGAACGGGGGCAGCUGCCUGCUGAUCGAGGGGAUCAUCCCGCCUGAUGCGGGCCAUGUGGCUGUCCGCCUUUUCUCGUUCCAGAUGCCAGCUCCCCCCAAACUCUUCCUGUCUCUGCUGUACAAACUGGAGGAGAAGCUGCCCGAGGUGGCGGUCGCGCUGGAACUCACCACAUGCAGCUCCAGCUCCUUCCGUGUUGGGGCGGCCACCAGACAUCAGCCCCAGCCCCUCCCCACCCCACCCCCUCACCUCUCGGGGCUGCUCACUGGCUGUGGACGGCAGAGCAUGGCAGGUUGGAUAAGGCGGUGCUAUGAACUGGAGCUGCGGGACUGCGCCCUGCACGACCUGUCGCUGAUCCUGUCACGCCACCAGCCAGGCCUGCAAGAAAGGCGCUUCUCCUGCCGCCUUGGGGAGAUCCGGGUGCUGGAUGCCGACAACCUGUGCUCCUCGCUGCCCGGAGUGCCCAGCCUCGAGGCCUCCCAGGUGCUGUGGCACAAGGGGCCUGGCACAAACCAGCUCUCCCUCAGCCUCACCUUGCGAUGGUCCUACCCCCCCAGCCAAGCCCGCUGCUUCCGGAUCCACUGCCAGGGCAUGGCAUGCCCUAGGGGCCAGGUGCUGCCCCUGCCAGAGCAGCUCCUCGGGGUGGCACACAACACCCUCUACCGUGUGGUGAGCCUGGCAGUGCCAGAGGUGCCCCCCAAGGAGUCCUGCCAUGUGGAGUUCUUCGUGGAGCCGGUUCUGAACGAAGGGGCUGCCGUGGAGCGUUCCAGAUGGGGGCGGCUGGUUCUGGUCUAUUCCGACCCAGCCAGCACGAGCACCUAUUAAAUGUGACCUUUGGCACAGUG